GUCGUAACAUUCCUCCUAUACAUCGGCAACCGGAUGAAUCAGCCCGUCUAGGAGUUCGAAUCGAAUAUGACGUUACUCAACGUAGUGGUAGCUACACCUAUCGUAGCCGGAAUCUUCCUGGCGGCGCGGGGGCUAUAUCUACUAUUCUUUCACCCUCUUGCUAAGGUCCCAGGGCCCAAGCUUUACGCUAUUACCGACUUGAUAUAUCUCUACUACGUGAUCCAAGGCGAAUGGCCAGCAAAGCUUAAGACACUCCACGACAUCUACGGCCCCACGCUACGCUUCGGCCCUAACGACGUAUCCUCGAUUGCUCCCGAAACCUGGAAGAUUGUAUACGGGCAUAAGGCACAACAGGCUAUGACUUUUGAGAAGGAUAUGAGAUUCUUCAACAAGCCACCCGGUAGCGUUGACAAUAUCCUACUUGCUGAUAAUAAUGGGCAUAGGCGGAUGCGCCGCGCUCUCGCGCAUGCCUUCUCCGAGAAGGCCCUUCGUGGCCAGGAGGAGCUAAUGAUAAGCUACGUCAACCUGUUCAUCUCCAAAAUCGCCGACAAGGCCGCCGCGCAGGAGCCAGUCGUCGAUAUUAUGCUCUGGUAUAACUACCUUACCUUCGAUCUGAUUGGCGACCUUGCCUUUGGGAAGCCCUUUGGCUGCUUAGAGCAAGGCGGCUACCACCCUUGGGUGGCAAUGAUCUUCCAAGCUGCUGCAUCAACCGUAUUCGGACAGGUCAUGAAUAGGCAUCCUACGCUAGGCGCUAUCCGUUCCUGGAUCUGGCCGGACAAGUUAACGCCGAGCUUCAUCCAGCACGCGCAGCUCAGCGAACAGACCGCCUACGAGCGUAUUGAGCGCGGCAGUAUCGGCCGCGAGGACUUCGUAGACUAUAUCCUCCGGCAUAACGACGAGAAGGGUCUCUCGCGGGAGGAAAUAGCGGCCAAUGCUAGAUUCUUGAUUCUUGCUGGGAGUGAGACGACGGCUACGUUACUUAGCGGCACGACUUUUAUGCUGCUUACGAAUAGAGACAAGUAUAACAAGCUUGUCCAGGAGAUUCGGCAAAGGUUCUCAUCCGAGGAAGAGAUUGAUAUGAUCUCGGUCAACGAUCUCCCGUUUCUGCUAGCUGUGCUUAAUGAGGGCUUAAGGAUGUACCCCCCCGUACCUGCUGGAUUUCCUCGUCUUGCCCCUGCCGGCGGCGGGACUGUCGACGGUUUCUACCUUCCAGAGAACACGAGCAUUUCCGUGCCUCAAUGGUCUGCGUACCAUUGUGAGCAGAACUGGACCGACCCCGAGAGCUUCGUUCCCGAGCGCUGGCUUGGCACCGAGCCUCGAUACGCCAACGACAAGCGUGACGUCCUCCAGCCCUUCUCGUUCGGACCCCGGAACUGCCUUGGCAAAAACCUUGCCAAUGCCGAGAUGCGCAUAAUCCUGGCGCGGUUGCUGUGGCGUUUUGAUCUCGAGCUUCUGCAAGAGAGCCGCAACUGGAUGCAGCAGCGCGUCUUCGUCCUGUGGGAAAAGCCAGCCCUCAUGGUCAAGGUCACGCCCGUGCAAAGGUCGUAGUUUUUGUUCUCUUCCGUAGACGUGCCCCUCACGAGGUUAUGGCAUGGUAUUGAGAAGCAGCCCUGGUUCAGCACAUCUGAGGCACAACUCACUAG